AUAUAUAUAUAUAUAUAUAUAUAUAUAUAUAUAUAUAUAUAUAUAUAUAUAUAUAUAAGGUCUCUGGGCAAUCUACACUCAUUAACAGACAAUUAUGGAUAAAGCAGUAGACCAGAAUGAAGCCUCGGAUGAGAAGAGCAAUCUUGAGAGUGAAGACUUCUUCCUAACACUCACUGAGGAGGAAAGAGAAUGUCUCCAGUACCUGCUCAAAACCAUUGAUUCGCUUGAAGAUGAUAACCAAGAGGACUCUAAAGAUCCAAAUACAAAUCAAGCAGAUACCAUCGAUGAUUUUGCCAACUCAGCACAACAUGAAGGAAACCUGGAUAGAAACCAAAGGGGGUUGAGUGAAAGCACCAAGACAGCAGAUAAAACAGAUUAUGAGCCAUCUGUGUCUAAAAUGCGGAUUAUAAAGUCAUUUUCAGAGGAUUUUCCAGGACGUUCCAUCACUGUCACAUCUGACGGGGGACACAAGUCAACCAGCUCACACCCAAGCCACUUGAGGAAGUUCGAUACCAUCAUGAGAUCGGGGGUGAACGUGCAGGAACUCCGGGCUCGUUUCAUUAGCGAGCAAGAGCCUUCACCAAUGGGAGAUCAUACAAAGAGUUCAGGAGCAGCAGGGGCCAAACAGCCGCCCGUCCCCUGGAAUCCAAAAUCUCCGAGGCAGGAGGCCUUGCAGAAGUUGGGACUGCUUAAAAGGAAACAAAGAGAUUCAAAUGCUUGCAGCUCCCUCGAGCCCCAUCAACACACAGAACAAAGCUUAGCCUCGCAAAACGGUGAGAUUAAGCAAAUUGCUUCCAAAGGAGGGAAUGGUCCUCUAGAGAAAAGAUCUGGGAAGCCGGGAAACAUGGACAGAUGCUGGCCUCCUUAACUUCUAAAUGAAUUGACUUGGACACUUGCCCACGAGGGCUACAAGUCAUUAUCGAUCUGCCAUACAUUUAUAAACCAAAGCGGAGAGUUAAAAACCAGCGACGCCUGACUUCCCCAUAACUACAGCACAUAAUGAGGAUUUAAAUAUAGGAAACGCAUCAUGAUUAUACAAUUAGAUGAUUCCCAUGAAGACUUUAGAAGGAGAAGCGUGAUGGAAUUGAUGUUCACUACAGCCAGACUGUAUUUUUUGGAAGGGGGGUGGGUUAUUGUAUUUUUUAUAUCUGUAUAUUUAUAAGUAGUGGCUAUACUCCAGGUAACUUUAUGGGACCUUUAUAUACCUUUAUUUUUAGCGUCUCUAUGGAUUUUUUUUUAAUGAAAACAAUAUGAGGUGAGAUUGUGGCGUGCAGUUUUACCCUUGCCAUUGAUCCUCAGGCUUUCUGGUCUAACACUGGUAUCACGUCCCAUUGCCCUUCUAUUGUUUUACAGUUUCUUAUAAUAAGAAGCCUGAGAGUAAUAUGGUUUAGCAGUCUAGGGGCCCUGACAUGAACUCAGUUGCGAAAUGGGCAGUCGAUGGAAGCCAUAUAUCGGACUGUCCCUAGCAGGUAGACUGUCAUCCUUUAAGGAGAACUAAAGCUUUAUUAAAGAAGUAGCUAGAAAUGUUGUACAUUAUGUUUUGUGCUUCUGUACCAGCCCAAGGCAAC